AUGCGCGACCGAGACCGAGACAAUAUCCCAGAAAUUUUCGGUAACGUCCCAUAUGUUCGAAAGUACCUUGGGACCCAUUCCGAUGCGAAAAUCUUUCUGCAUGGAGUUGACUCAUGGGACGGGCUGCUUAGCGAGGCGUCCGAUGAUGAGGACGAGAAGACAAGCUUGAGGGAAGCCGCGGUGGAGAUAUCUGGGACGACUGCUCUGCACAUGGCUGCGUGCGAGCAGUACCCUAAGACGGUUGACCUUCUUCUCUCCAAGGGUGCCGAUGCGAACGCCGCAGACAUCAACGGCCGCACUCCUCUCAUGGAGGCAGCUUUGUGGGGCCGCCUGCAAACGUAG